CCGCGCGCUGUGGGCCGCAGUCCGCGGGGACGGAGCGGAGACGCCGGUUCCGUCGGGCGGGGCCGGGCUCAGCGAGCCGCCCUCCGCAGCCGACCGGCGGGCAGUCCGCGCGGGCCGGCGGCAGCUCUCCUCGGGCUCCCGGAGGGGCAACAUCCGGGAAGGCGGACCGGCCGCGCCCGUGCGGAGGAGGCGGGAGCGCCGGCCCGCGCGGGGCGGCCCGCGGGUGCGGGUCCGGAGGGCGGCGCCGGCCGGAGGAGCAGGCCGGGCCGCGUCGGGUCGCCCGGGAAUGGCAUCUGCUUCCUCGGGGCGCUGCCCUCCCCAAGCCCGGUUUCCGGGACCGCAGCUGCCCCACCCCCCGGUCAGAAACCGUUUCCGAGCCCGCCGUGUCCUUCCCGCGGAGCUGUGGACCUGGGGAAGGUUCACCUGCGGCCCCGGGCGUCCUGCGGUGCUUCGAGAGCCUGGCGCUCUGGCUCGGAGCCCGGCAGACCCUGGGCAGUGGCGAUACUCUCGUGCUCGAGACUGCGGGCUCGGGAGCGGGACUGACCAGGACCGCAGCCAGACGGUGAUUCUGAGAUGUGCGGCAUCGGGCCCUCGGGAGCCUCCCAGGAAAAUUGUGGUUUUUUAAGCCACGGACUAAGGAGCCCCCGAGUCGCCCAGGAAGGCCACCUGUUGCAGACAGGGCCGUGGGGGCUGCUUCUCCGGCGCAGGGAAGGAGAAGCUCCGUUCUUGCCGCGCUGGGGGCUGCAGUGAGCGGAGGGGUGGGUGCCCUUCAAGUCAAGAGAAGAGGGACUCUGUGCAGGACAGGACCCAGCGCCUGGAGGAGCGACCCGCUCAUUACCUCAGGAGGCGUACGCGGAGUACCUGAGGAGCAUCCACUACAUCUCCCAGGUGCUGCUGGAAGAAGUGGAAACCACCAAAGAAGGUGGAGACACUGUGGCCCCAGACACCUCAAAGAUGCUGAAACUGGCUGAGCAGUGUCUGGAGAGGGCCCAGUCGACAGCUGCCCAGCUCGGGAAAACACACCUGAAGCCCGCUGUGCCCGUGGCUGCUCCGGGCCCCGCAUCCACCAGUCGACAUCGCCGGGUGUACUCAGAUGAAGGGGGUAAACUAUCUCCAUUUCUGCCGCCCGAGAUCUUCCAGAAGCUUCAGGUGGUGGAGUCACAAGGUUCUAAGAAGGAGCUGACACCUCUGGAGGAGGCGUCUCUGCAGAACCAGAAGCUGAAGGCCGCCUACGAGGCACGGAUGGCCCGUCUGGACCCCAGCCAGGCCGUGCAGAAGACCUCCCUGACCUUGUCCCUGCAACGACAGAUGCUGGAGAACCUUGUGAUCGCCAAAGCCCGGGAGGAGACACUGCACAGGAAGAUGGAGGAGCGCCGGCUACGGCUCCAGGAGGCAGCCAACAGGUGCGUCUCCUCCCAUGGGUCUGGGGACAGCCCAGAGGACUGGUGGGGACUGCUGCCCCUGCCCCUAAGCCCUGAGGCUCCCAGCUGGGUCUUUCUCCCCAGGAGGUUCUGCAGUCAAGUCGCCCUGACCCCAGAGGAGCGGGAGCAGCGGGCCCUCUAUGCCGCCAUUCUCGAGUACGAGCAAGACCACGACUGGCCGAAGCACUGGAAGGCCCAGCUCAAGAAAAGCCCAGGGGACCUGUCGCUAGUGACCAGCCUGGUCUCCCACCUGCUCAGUGGCCGCCUUCUGCCUUCUGAGAGGGGCAGGUCCGGCUUUAUCAGCCAUAUGCACUCCCAAGGAAGCCACGGAGCUGCUUCUCCGAGCAUCCCCGACCACCCCAUCUCGCAGCUCCUGAAGAAGCUCCAGUGUGCGGUGUACCAGACGCUAUACCCCCUCGUCAGCAGGGCCGCUGUAGGCACUGCCUCCACCCCCGGCUGCUGCUCUCUGCCCCCGGAUGCUGACGGGCUGCUGGCCCCUGGAAGCCGGCGACUCCGGCCCUCGCACAGCCUCUACUGCAUGCUCUCCCCUGCGGAGCCCAGCCCGGCCCCACGGCCCCCGGAGGGAACCCACGCCAGUCCCCCUGUGCCCCCUCCUCACGCUGGCGCCCCAGACAGAGGACCAGACAGCAGCCCCGCGGGGCCUUCCUCGCCCCUGGCUCACAGCUGGACUGGUGUGCAGGGCAAAGACAGCUCCUUUGAGGACCUCGAACACUUCUUGGCUACUUCUGAGGGGUGGGGCCGGGGGCGAGGGUGGCCACCUGAGCCCCAGACAACGGGCGUGAAGAAGGAGCCACUGCAGGAGCAGCUGAAGAGCACCGUGAAGGACAUACACGACGCCAUCGACAGGCUACUCUCGCUGACCCUCCUGGCUUUCGAAGGCCUGAAUGCAACCUCCUCCAAAGACCGAUGCCUGGCCUGCAUCGAGGAGCCCUUCUUCUCUCCACUCUGGCCCCUGCUGCUGGCGCUCUAUAGGAGUGUGCACCGCCUCCGUGAGGCCGCCUUGAGCAGGAGCAUGGAACUCUACAGGAAUGCAUCCCCGGCCGCCAUAGGCAUUCCCAGGAAGCUGCUCCCCCGGGACCUGGAGGCCUUGGGCGCCGGUGCUUACCCCUACUGCGCAGCAGCCCAAGAGCUGGGCUUGCUGGUCCUGGAGAGCUGUCCGCAGAAGAAGCUGGAGUGCAUUGUGCGUGUGCUGCGGGUCAUCUGCGCCUGCGCCGAGGAUUACUGCCGUGCCCAGGAGGCCGCCCCUGAGGCCAGACCCCUGCUGGGUGCCACAGCCAUUGGUGCCGAUGACCUGCUGCCCAUCUUGUCCUUUGUGGUGCUGAGAAGUGGCCUCCCCCAGUUGGUGUCGGAGUGCGCGGCCCUGGAGGAGUUCAUCCAUGAGGGGUACCUGAUUGGAGAGGAGGGCUACUGCCUGACCUCACUGCAGAGUGCCCUGAACUACGUGGAACUGCUGCCCCGAGGGGCUCUGGGCAAGUAGAGGAGGACACGACCCACUGAGGACCGUCCAGGAGUUACCCGCUCUUGAGGGGCAGUAGGCCAGCUGUGCUGGGGCUCUGCUGCUCUCACACCUGCCCUAACCUGACAUCUGUCCCCAGGGACUUGACGAGACACCUCUGUUCCUCAGAGGAUAGAGCUGAGCUCAACCAGCUCCUAGGAAAUAGGCCUGAGAGGCCCCAUGCAGGAGCAGCAGACGCUGGACUCCCCUGGGACCCACACACGACUCCUCACAGCCCCGCAUCUCCAUGGUUGGGAGGGGACCCUGGGCCUGGCAGAGGGCAGGUGUGGUUUCUCUCCCUUCCCAUUCCCUGUGACAGUGAGCUUCCAGCACCGGUGUCUGGUUAGGGUCAAGAAGAGGGCCUGUCCCCGCCCCCUGCCUCCCACCCAGUGGGACCCAGGUGGUUUGAAACCAUGCUAUUUACUACUGGGCACUGAUCACUCCAUUCUGCCCUGGAGCCCAGGCACACCCAGGGCUCCCACCUGUGUCUGGGGCCUCUGAGCUGCUCCAGCCCUUGGCGUGGUAAGCACUGGACUUGCGGGGACCCCUGGCCAAUUUCCAUCCCCACAUGUCCUCUCCUGGGUGAGGGUGAACCUGAGGGUCAGUGCCUGUCUGCCGCCCAGUGUCCACUCUGUCACAUGCCCCAAGAAGCCACUGACACCGCUAACAAUAAAGAGGUCACUGGUA